UUGUAAAUAUUAUCAUAAUCGAAUAUUUACGUUAUUUCCUAUGCUUAUACUCCCACUAUAUAAAUAGUCACCCUUGUUCUUGAAUUCCCAUCACAAUUCUCCAAUUUUCUCGCGUUUUAUCAAGCUAAGUGGAUCAGAUUUACCGACAUGGCUUUGAAGGAGGAAUUUGAAGAGCACGCUGAGAAAGCUAAGACAUUGCCAGAGAGUACCUCCAACGAGAACAAGCUUAUUCUUUACGGGCUUUUCAAGCAAUCUACUGUUGGCAAUGUCAACACGAGCCGUCCUGGUAUGUUCAACAUGAGGGACAGAGCAAAGUGGGACGCAUGGAAGGCUGUUGAAGGAAAAUCCACUGACGAAGCUAUGAACGACUAUAUCACCAAGGUGAAACAGUUGCUGGAAGAAGCUGCUGCUUCAGCAUAAGGCUCUGCCAUCUACGUUGUUAAAUUCUUAUUGGACUAUGUAAUCUUAUUUCCAAUGGCUUGUUUGAUGUUACAGCAGGUGUAUGCUUUUACAGGCUGCAAAAGAACACUGCUAUAAGUUAUGUUUGAACUUUCUAUCAAUAAACCAAAAAACAAAAAAGAGUUUGAAUUUA